AUGGGUUACUGGGGGAUCACAUGUCCAGUGCACCAUUUGCGACUCUGGCACAUCUGGGAUGAGGAUAUCCUCGGAUAUAGGCCUUACAUUGCCAAGGACUCCGUAGCAACUCUGAUGUCGCUGCGAAGGAUGUCGCCGGUCAUCUUGACGCUCGAAGGCUGGGUCGCAUACUUGUAUUUCGGGACAGACUCCACGCACUGGCAAGCGCUAGUAGAUGUUGCGCCUCGACUGCGCGUCAUAGCUAUAGAUUUUGGGUACCUCAAGAGUCGUGACUGCGAUGACUGGACGGUACAAGUGCCCCGGGCUCUCAUGCGCUCUAAUAUCGUAGGCCUUUUGAUCUAUCAAGGCGGUCGCACCGGCUCGUUCUGGAAGCCACUCGUAUGUGUGCUGCCGUCGUUACGGUACCUGGCAACGACUGAGGGCGAAACAAAUGAGUAUCGAUGGCAUGGCGAAGACAAGGAAACACCCGGAAGAUUAGAUAAGCACUUGCGAUGGCGUUGGUGGCGCGUUGUGGAGGUGAACGGCAUACGCGAGGCGGUCCCGAUGUCGGCCGAGGUGGGUGCGCGCAUUGCGAGUUAUCUGUACUCCCCGGAAUGCGACUACAAGCUUGACUUCGACGGUGAGCACCCCUAA